UCAUGAAUCACCCCCUGCACAUGUCUUCAGUGAGGGUCUCACCUCCAGUUCACACUCUGCUUAAAUAAUUCCAACUCCCCUCUUCUAUUCACCUUAUUCAGCUGCUGUGCUCUCCACCUGAAGUGUGUGUGUAUGUAGGAUUACCUGGGAGUCUGUGUCGACACCAUGGCUUUGGUCCAGGUGCUCAGAGUCCUGUGCUGCCUGCUGCUCACUUAUCACCUGGGUGAUGCCAGGAGAAUCAAGGGAAGUGGAACAGUUAUCAAAAUGAUGUGUUUACUGAUAAAUGCUCUGAUGUAGAGCUGGGUGCCCGUUCUUGCUUCUGCUCUGAAGACCAGUCUUGGAGAUGUCAAUGUGAUCAUUACUGAUUGGCUUUUACAGGCAAAUAUGAACUACCCUAACGCAGCCCAGAACACUAAGGCAGUGGGGAAGGACAUAGCAUUCCUGCUACAGUGGCUGCAGGAGUUUUACCAGUUUCCUGCAGAGAAAGUUCAUCUGAUUGGAUACAGUCUUGGUGCUCACGUCUCUGGAUUUGCUGGAAGCUACCUGGGAGGGCGUGGGAAGAUUGGACAAAUCACUGGUCUGGAUCCAGCAGGUCCCAUGUUUGAGGGCAUGGCAGCAUCAGACAGACUGUCCCCUGAUGAUGCCCUAUUUGUGAAUGCCAUCCACACCUACACUCAAGAACGCAUGGGGCUGAGUGUGGGCAUCAAGCAGGCUGUGGCACAUGUUGACGGUGGUGACUUCCAACCAGGAUGCCACCCUUUCCAGAGCUUAAUGGAACAUAUUGCCUUGCAUGGAAUCAAUGGUUUUGAGCAGACAGUGAAAUAUGCCCAUGAGCGUUCAGUCUACCUGUUCAUCGACUCCCUUCUGAACAAACACCAGCAGAUCCUGGCCUACAGAUGCAGUGAUGACAAUGCCUUUGAGAAGGGUACCUGCCUGGACUGCCGCAAGAACAAAUGCAACACGCUGGGCUAUAACGUCAGGAGGGUGCGCAGUGUCGCCGACAAGAAGCUCUACCACAAGACCCGCUCUCACAUGCACUACAAACUCUACCACUACCAGUUCAGGAUUCAAUUUGUCAACCAGAUAGAGAAGACUGAGCCCACUCUCACCAUCUCUCUCACUGGGACAAAGGAGGACAGCCCUGAAAUGCCCAUCACUUUCAUCGAGGAGAUCUCAGGCAAUAAGACAUACGCCUUUCUGAUCACCCUGGACUCAGACGUUGGGGACCUGAUGAUGCUGAAGUUCCGCUGGGAGGGGAGUGUUGUAAACAAUAUGUGGAGCAAGAUGCAGCCCUUUAACCCCUUAAGCAGUGGGGGAAUGAGGCCCAAGCUCACCGUGGGAAAAAUCCGUGUCAAAGCAGGCAAGACACAAAAUAGGACGACUUUUUGUGCCCAGACAAGUGAUGGAAUAUACAUUCGGCCAUCGCAAGAGAAUGUCUUCGUGCGCUGUGAAGAAAAUGCUCAAAAACAGCGCAGAAGAAAAACGCAUUUGUCUUGAGUCGGAUACUUCGAUCAGCAGGGUCGGCUCUAGCUUUUUGGGGGCUCUAAACUAGGUUUGGUUGGGGCCUCCCCUCCUCACCGCAAAACAUUUUAGUGCCAGCUGACAGCAGGAAUUAUUUUUUUAAUUAUUAUUAUUUUUACAGUUAAUUUCCUGCAGUUCUACACAUUGUGCCAUGGGCCAGAAAGAAAAUGUUGACAUUUUAUAACAAAUGUGAUGCAAUUCUACACAUUUUGCAAUUUGGGGGGGGGCAGUUUCACAACUAAUUUCAUGCAAUUCUACCCAUUUGCUAUAGAGCAGAUAUACAUUUUUGCUAUUUAAAAAAAAUCCUACAAUUCUACACAUUUUGCCAUGACUUAUGCCAUGUUAAUAUGAGUGAGAAUGACUAUCCAAAUCAAUGGGGGUCCCCUGAAUGCCCAGUCGGUAUUCGAUUACUAAGUUUAGAUAGCUAGCCAGACCAACUACCAAUCUAAGAAUUGACAUGGGUAAUUGUCAGCCAAUCAAGUGACUGACAUAAGUUAAAAACUGCUGAUGCAGAAUACCUGGUGUAUUCUACUAUUCUUACUCUCAAAAGUAAGUUGAGACCCUGACUAAAUAAAACAUUGGUUUGUAAUAUUUAAAUUUUCUCCAACAACAGUAUCUCUUUUCCAACCUAAUUUAUAUAAAAAUAUUUAUUUUAAAAAAUCUUGACAAUCAUGAAUUUUUACUAAGAUUCAAAUGUUAUACAGAUAUUUUCAAAUGGUUGCGAAGAAGUAAUUGUAAAUAUAACAUUCUGUCCAAAUUAGGAUUCACAACCUGUGUACAAUAAGUCAUAUUCAUACAUUUUCAUUUUUUAUCACCAACUAUACUAAUGUCUGUUGGAAAAAUAUUCUGCCCAGGGGCCACUUUUCAUUUGUCCUGUUAUACCUAUGUAAAUUGAUGGGCACACUGCAUCAGAGAUACAUUAAUAAUUAAUAAUUUCCAGCAUCCCAAUAAUUUGUUGGCCACACAGUAUUUUCACACCCUGAGUUUACACAACAGCCAUAGCCUUGGUAAGCAGACUGGGUGCAAAGACUACAGUCGAGCCAACAGUGUUUGAGCAUCAUCCUCUGUCCCCAGGAUUCAUUCACAGACCUCUCUCUCCCUUUCUAAUGAGACCCCUGCUAUUUGUCUGUUACCAGACUGGAUCAGACAGCCCAGCACACAGCAGGACUGCUCACCCUGUCCCAGUUGUGUCUGAAGGAAAUGAAAUCCUAUCCUGGACAAAAUGUCCCCCUGGUUUCCCCAGAGAGCUUUGGCCCAGAGAUAGCUCGGUGCUAUGAAGCAACUGUGCAUCUGCAGCAGGCCCCAAUCAGACAGCCUGCCCCCUUAUGGGCUGCAGUGUUCUGGCAUAAGACCAAUCUGCAGGACAGGACACUGAUUAGACAGGGACCAUGGUUAUAUUUCACACAGCCGAUAGCACCUCAUAGCCUUGCAUACUGAUACCCUGAUUACAACCACUUACUUAUUUUACAGCUUUUUAUAAUAAUGUAUUAUCAACUCAAACUGCGUAUACAAAUACUUGACACUUUCUGGGUAUUUGAUUAUGAUAACCAAUUCUGCUACAGUCCCAUGGGAUAUGAUACAUGUUCAUCUCACUAAAGCUAUAUAUUUGCACAAACUUUUCAGUGUAAGAGGAGACAUGAUAAAUCAAAUAAAUCAAUGAAUGGAAUCAAUUUAAUGCUGAAGGAAGAGCCCUAUUUAACAUGUUCAAGUGACUGUGGGGCAAGAUAAGCAUGGGGAAAAGAAUGGGGAGUUUCAGCACACAACUGGUGUGGCAGAAAUGGAGAGAAGUCAUUGUGAAGAUUGGAAUGCAGAGAGCAAUGUCAGGGAGGCUACAGGCAAUUACCUCUGCUCUCAGUGCUGAGGAAGUACAAAGGUAGACGCUUUUACUAGAGCUGUGGCUACCUUGGGGCUGUGUGAUAUAGAAAACAGUGUUCCAACAUAAUGAGAAAUAUGUCAUUAGUUGUAAGGAAAAAACCUUGGGAGUUAGUAUUAUAUUAUCCCUUAUAUUGCAUGCUGCUGAGAAAUGUCCCCAUCACUUCAAACAAUCCAAACUAGAGAGACAAAAUCAUCCCAAGAAAUCACUGCCAAUUUAAGACAAUUAGCAUGUUUUGUUUUUUAAACAAUACAAAACAUUAACAUACAAAAGACAACAUUUAGACGCACACGAACAUCAAUGACAUCACACCUGCCAAGCCCGAACCAGCUCUUUAAUACAGUGCCUUGCGAAAGUAUUCGGCCCCCUUGAACUUUGCGACCUUUUGCCACAUUUCAGGCUUCAAACAUAAAGAUAUAAAACUGUAUUUCUUUGUGAAGAAUCGACAACAAGUGGGACACAAUCAUGAAGUGGAACGACAUUUAUUGGAUAUUUCAAACUUUUAACAAAUCAAAAACUGCAAAAUUGGGCGUGCAAAAUUAUUCUGCCCCCUUAAGUUAAUACUUUGUAGCGCCACCUUUUGCUGCGAUUACAGCUGUAAGUCGCUUAGGGUAUGUCUCUAUCAGUUUUGCACAUCAAGAGACUGAAUUUUUUUCCCAUUCCUCCUUGCAAAACAGCUCAAGCUCAGUGAGGUUGGAUGGAGAGCAUUUAUGA